AUGAAAUUAACGAGUCCAAGCGAAAAAUGUUGUUUGAAUGGAAAAUUCCUCUCUUCUAAUUUGUUCCCGCCAGUGCGUAUCCCAGACGAAUCUUCUUACAUUCGAUUAGUAGCGGACAAAUGUGCGCCUAAUAUCGCGUUGAACCCAUUCGAUCACGGCUCUGGUCCAACGGUUGUCGUUGAAGCGCAUCACGUGUCCGACCCACCUAAUUUUGCUUUCAUUGGCAUAUGCGGCAUCGUCUCUGAUCUUCUAUGGGUGACGUAG